AUGGGUGUCCUGCUAGGCCCCGCGUACGCCAAGCACCUGCUGCUCGCCGGCGUGCUGGUCUUCUCCGCGACCUGGUUCUUCCUCGUACAUACGGAGCACGGGAGCAUCUUCGCCAUCGGCCUGGCCGACCGCACCGAUAAGUGCGAUGCGCUCAGCCUUAUAUCCGCCGUCACGGGCUUCACGAUAACCUGGAUCGACGGGGUCCGCGGGUCGACCGUCCCGGACAAGGCCCUGCCCAUCGGCUGGGACCGGAAGGGCGGGCAUAUGAAUACGAUGCGGCGCAUCGUCGACGAGGGCAUCACGUCCGCGCUUAUUAUGGAGGACGACAUGGACUGGGACGUCUCCCUGAAGGACCGGCUCGCCGACUUUGCGGGCGUCCUGAUCGGCGGGGACGCCAGCGUCCCGCCGCGGCACUACCGCGUGGGUAACGCGGGCUGGAAGUGGGACGAGUACCCGGACAACACGCGCGUCGUAUACGUGCCCGGGGACAACAUCUGCAGCUUCGCGUACGCGCUGAGCCACACGGGGGCCAAGAGGGCGCUCGAUGUCGUGCCGAGCCUGUUUGUGCACCACCGGCCGCGGGGCAGGGUCAGCGGGGACUCGGAUAUCAACAAUGGUGGCGGGGAUGAGUUUAGGGAGGUCGGGACGACGGAGAAUGUGCUGUACAGCACGAGGCUGAACCUCGCGAGGUUGCUGAAGGGGGAGAAGCCGGUGAAGCAGUGGGAUGAUUAA